UUGAAAGAAUGAGCUCAACUACUGAAAUUACUCAAGAAAAUAAAUCUAGCGAUUUGGGUACAACUGUGUUAAACAUUACAAAAAAGAUCAAAUGGAAAUUCUUGAUAGUCAUGGCUGCAAUGCCAAAUUCCACGUUUUGGAACAUGUUUAUUUUGGCUACAUCCGUCCUGAACUACAUUCUGGUCACCACAAACCUUUCCUUCCUCCCAACAGAAGUAGCAGAAUUCUUUUCGUUUUACGUAAUCUUUGACGUCAUAUAUCUAUUUAAUUUUCUGCUUCUUCUAUCCCAAAAAAUAUUCCAUAUCUCGAAUACUUUUUACACUGAGAAAACUAUGUUUAUCAUUUUUGUUGUCGAUUUCGUUUCUUUGGUUUCUCAAGCGAUGCUAAUAAUACCAUUUGUUAGCGCCCACAAAAGUUUUUUAGUGCUCAUUUUUAGAGUUAUCACCUUUGUUAGACUCAGACAUUUGUUAGUUUUCAAUAAAGUUCUUCGAAGAUUGACAGAAUAUCGAAUAGUAUGGAUUUUAGGCAAAUACAUUACGACCGUUGUUAUUAUUAUACAUACUGCAAUUUGUUUAUGGUUCCUAAUCAAGUCUGAAGACAAUUUUUAUGACGAGUUGCCCGAAUUUAAAUCAGGAGAAGUCCCAGCAAGCAAUGCAUCUUGGUAUUUUUAUCACAUUUAUGCUACCAUCCAGUUACUAAUGAAUGUAGGAUUUGGAGAUGUCUAUCCAAAAAAUAUCAACGAAAUAUACUUUUUCUCCAUGAUGUUCUUGGUUGGACAAGCUUUAACAGUUUAUUUCAUCUGUGUCGUUGGUUGGAUUAUUAUAAAUCAGAAUUAUCACAAGUUUAGCAUUUAUUAUCAGAUAAAAAAUGUAAAGAAAUAUCUCAACGGCUCACAUCCUCUCAUAAAACAAACAGCAGACAAAUAUUUUUCCAUGAAAGAACACAAACAAUUUACAGACCGAUCUCUCCUUGACAUGCUACCAAGAUGUCUUCAGCAAGAUAUUGCGUACGAUCUCAAUUGUGGACUAUUACAUAGGUCUUUAUUGCUGAGUAAUCUUCCGAAAUUCACCUUAAGAAAUAUUUCGUCAGAAAUGAAGACAGUUAUCCUGCCCGCUGGAGAAAGUAUCUAUUUUCAGUAUGUGGUCAAGAGUGGCAUGGUCUGCAUAGAGGAUGGCGCGCUUGAAAUUUUACAUGACGACGAUGAGGAAAGUCCUGUUAUUUACUUUAGAACUGGGACAAUUUUUGGGGAAAUUUCAUUGUUCCUGAACAUUCCCUCAAAAGUUACCGUUAGAGCGGCCAAACGUACCGAACUGAGAAUCCUGGAGAAAAAAGAUUUUUUAAAAGUGAUGUUACACUUUCCUCAGCAACUAAAAUAUCUGCACACUGCACUUAAACUUCGCCUUAAUAAUGUUCCAAAACAAAACAGUUUCAAAACACGAGUCCAGAAUUUAAGGAAAAUUAAGAAUAUGUUAAGUUUUGGUUCGAUUGAUGAAAACGGGAUGAAAGAUACGAAUUUUUAUGAGUUGUACAAAUUGGAAGACCAAUAUUUGAGAGAUAAUCGUUUUGAUGAAUAUAAUUGGAUUCAUCAUUAG